AUGUACAGAUCUGGACCGCCAGCGUUCCCUCCUGGGGCCUUCGCUCCUGGACCCAGCUCAACCAGGGACUUUCCCCGUCGACCAAGGGCGCCUUCUCCUCGAUCAAGAGCGUUACCUUAUGGACCAGGUGGUUUUCUUUCUGGACCAGGAGUUUUCUCUUCUGGACCAGGUGCCUCUCAUUCUGGACCAGGAGCCUCUCAUUCUGCACGAGGAGUCCUCCCUUCUCGACCAAGGCCCCCGCCUCCUCAGGCGAUGGUUCUUCUCCCUCGACCAAGGGCUCUUCUUUCUCUACCAACCUUCCCUCCUGAAACAUUUGAACAAAUCUUCGAGUACGUCGAGGACAGCUCAGUUUUUCUCGCCCUGCGUGCCACCUGUCGCCUUUUUUGCCGAAUGUACACGCACAAAGCGUUUCGGAAACUCUCUCUCUCCCCCCUCUCGUUGCGUAAUAUCCAGGGGACUCUUCAGAUUUUACGACAUCCAGAGUUUUCCCGGCAUGUCCAAGAGCUCGUUUUAAAUUGUUCUGAGAAAGGACGUAUUCCUGCUUCGUUCAUCGCAAAGAAAAUCUCCUCUCAAGGCAAAACGGUUUCUGGUGUUAUGAACAUCAUUUGUCACAUGGGCCACUUCGUCCACCUCAAAGCACUUCGGCUCCAUUUCUAUGAUCAAUAUGUAGAAGCGCUCCCGAUCCCCGUCCAGGGCACAAGCCUGGAUACACAGAAGGCUUCCGAGUAUCAUGAAUUCCAACAAGAAGUUUUUGCAGCUCUAGGCAACAUGCGUGUUAUUCCGAGAUUUUUGGAGUUCCUUGAAAUCACCUUGCUGAUUGAUGGACCGGGUGACGUAUUUGAGAUUGGUCCAGCAUACCCGCACCUUGUUCAACGUCUCAAAUGCUUGACCAUUCGAACCAUAUCCGACGCUAUCGAAUCCCGUAAAAUGGCUCUGUGGACUGAACCUCGUUCCUCAGUCUGGGCAGGCACCGUCGUCGCCUUAAUAGGGCCUGCUAUGAACUCUAUAACCUCGCUCAAUCUCUCCAGCGACCACCUGGCGCGUAUUAGUUCUCCCGAUUGGCUGGACUUUCUCUUCCCGAAUUUGACUUCUCUUAGCGUUUGCAAUGUCUUGUGGGGCGAUACUAUCGAUGGCAGGGCUGGCCUUGAGGACAUCAUCUUACGACAUUCGACCACGCUCCGCACGUUGAUUUUAACAGACUGCCCAUUCUUCUUCAACGACAGAACUCAGGGCGUGCCCCCGACCUGGGCUUCUUCCUUCCGACGGAUUGAGGAGCAGAUGACUCGUUUGACGACGUUCCGAUUCUUUGUCUCCGGAGCCUUAUACGCCCACUGCAAUGUUAUGGGAUCUCUGAUUGCCUCUUCUUUGAAGAUUCACCGAACGGCCUCCUUCCAGCAUCAGAUCGCCUUGUAUGAGCUUCAGAACACUGUUAAAGGCCGUCAGAUGACAAGGGCCAGAACCUGCUUAUACUAA